ACACCACUUCAUCACCUCCUCACAAAGCUAGCUAGCUCCAUUGUUCGAUCUCAUCUCCCUUAGCUAGCUACUCGAUCUUAACAGUGAGCUUCCAUUACUGAGAAGCUUUGUGCAUUCUUAGCUACUACCAUGGCUAGGCUGGCUGCUCUGCUCGUCUCCUUAGCGAUGCUCAUGGCGGCGGUGACGGCAGCCCGGGUAGAAAGAGCGGGCGCCGGCUUCUACACACCGCCAAGCCCUUCCACCUGCGGCCUCAAGAUCGGCUACUACCACGACAAGUGCCCGCACGCCGAGGCCAUCGUCAAGGGCGUCGUCGCCGCCGCCCUCCACCGCGACCCCGGCGUCGGCGCCGGCCUCAUCCGCAUGCUCUUCCACGACUGCUUCGUCGAGGGAUGUGAUGCCUCCGUGCUGCUCGACCCGACGCCGGCCAACCCGCAGCCGGAGAAGCUCGCCCCGCCAAACAACCCCAGCCUCCGCGGCUUCGAGGUCAUCGACGCCGCCAAGGACGCCGUCGAGGCGGCGUGCCCGGGCGUCGUCUCCUGCGCCGACAUCGUCGCCUUCGCCGCGCGCGACGCCUCCUUCUUCCUCAGCGACAGCAGGGUGUCCUUCGACAUUCCGUCGGGACGCCUCGACGGGCGCUACUCCAACGCGUCGCGCGCCCUCGACUUCCUCCCGCCGCCGACCUUCAACCUCGGUCAGCUCGUCGCCAACUUCGCCGCCAAGGGGCUCAGCGUCGAGGACAUGGUGGUGCUCUCCGGCGCCCACACCAUCGGCCUCUCACACUGCUCGUCCUUCGUCUCCGACCGCCUCGCCGUCGCCUCCGACAUCGACCCGUCGUUCGCCGCUGUCCUACGAGCCCAAUGCCCGGCGAGCCCGAGCUCGAGCAACGACCCGACGGUGGUGCAGGACGUGGUGACGCCCAACAAGCUGGACAACCAGUACUACAAGAACGUGCUCGCGCACAGGGCGCUCUUCACCUCCGACGCGUCGCUCCUGGCGUCGCCGGCGACGGCAAAGAUGGUGGUGGACAACGCCAACAUCCCCGGGUGGUGGGAGGACAGGUUCAAGACGGCCAUGGUGAAGAUGGCCGCCGUCGAGGUGAAGACCGGCAGCAACGGCGAAAUCAGGAGACACUGCCGGGCUGUCAAUUAACCAAGUUAUCAACGUUUUCAUGCUUUUAUAUCUAUAUAUAUGCUCCUUAUCAGUUACAUCUUGUUGUUGGAUUCCUUAUACAUUGAUUUCGUGUCAAAUGUCAAAUGUGACUUUGCGAGACGCCUGUACUAUGAUUGUAUCAUGUUUAGUUAAAAAAAUAAUAAUGUUUACCAAGCAAUUACAUAUAUUGAUUACUUCAAAAAAAUAACACAUAUAUUAAUAUUUC